AUGGCCAGCUUUGCAUCCAAGAGACUUGCGCAGGAGCGGGCGGCUUUUAAAAAAGACCACCCUUUUGGAUUCUACGCAAAGUAUGCGCCCAACGAAGACGGAAAGGGACAGAACGUCUUCAAGUGGAACUGUGGAAUUCCUGGACGGGCCAAAGGCCCCUGGGAGGGCGCAACCUAUGCCCUCACCAUGGAGUUCACAGAGGACUACCCAUCAAAGCCGCCCAAGUGCAAAUUUGCGCAUGUGCACGGCAAGCCGCUGUUCCACCCGAACGUUUACCCUUCCGGAACUGUUUGUCUUAGUAUCCUAAACGAGGACGAGGACUGGAAGCCAGCCAUCACGAUUCGUCAGAUCCUGCUUGGCAUUCAGGACCUCCUGGACAACCCAAACGCUGCGUCACCAGCGCAGGAGGAGCCAUACCGGCUAUUUUCCACCGACAAGAAUGAGUAUCUGAGGCGGGUGAAGAAGCAAGUCUCGGAGGUGGCAGGGGGUGCCCAAGGUGGCAAUUGA